GCUCGCCGGGGGCGGAGGCUCGCCAGGGUCAGGCGAGGUCUGCCGGGCAUCUCCGGGGAGCGGGAGCGCGUCACGUGGGGACCGCCCUGCGAGGGCCGGGGCGCGGCGCUCCGAAGUCCCAGGGCCUCGGUGGAAGCAGGAUUUCCGCGGUUGUGUAACUGCGCCGGGCGGUAGCAGGCCCGGCACCGCAUCCCCAGCUGCGAUGGCCUGCCAGUGGGGGGCCGGCGGCGCGCUGUCCGCGGACACGCUGCUGUUCGACAUGCCGCCAGCGCUGCUGGGCGAGCUCUGUGCUGUCCUGGACAGCUGUGAUGGCGCGCUGGGCUGGCGCGGCCUGGCGGAGCGACUUUCAAACAGCUGGCUGGAUGUUCGUCAUAUUGAAAAAUAUGUAGACCAAGGUAAAAGUGGAACAAGAGAACUGCUGUGGUCCUGGGCACAGAAAAACAAGACCAUCGGCGACCUUUUACAGAUUCUCCAGGAGAUGGGGCAUCAGCGAGCUGUCCAUAUACUUAGGAACCAUGGACCAGGCUUGAAUCCUUCAGUGCAGACUCAUCAGGACCCUGUGUUUCCAAACCUGUUACCUAAGGUAGAUCAUGUGUGCAAAGAAAAUGACCCUGGAUUUCUGGAAACAACCAGUGUCACAGUGGAUAUUCUUGUCCCUGAACAUAAUGAAAAAGGAAUACUGCUUAAAUCCUCCCUCAGCUUCCAAAGUAUCAUGGAAGGAACCAAAAAUUUCCACAAAGACUUUGUAAUUGGAGAAGGAGAGUUAUUUAAAGUCUACAGAGUGGAGAUUCAAAACCAGACGUAUGCUGUUAAAUUAUUUAAACAGGAGAAAAAAGCACAGUUUAAGAAACACUGGAAGAGAUUCCUAUCAGAGCUGGAAGUUUUGCUACUGUUUCGUCAUCCACACAUACUGGAGUUGGCUGCAUAUUUUACUGAGCCAGAGAAGUUUUGUCUGGUUUAUCCAUAUAUGAGAAAUGGAACACUUUUCAACAGAUUGCAAUGUGUAGGUAACACCAUCCCACUCUCUUGGCACAUUCGAAUCAACAUACUAAUAGGAGUAUCCAAAGCCAUCCAGUACUUGCACAACACUCAACCAUGCUCAGUCGUCUGUGGCAAUAUAUCCAGUUCAAAUAUACUUCUGGAUGAUCAGUUUCAACCCAAACUAACUGAUUUCGCCAUGGCACACUUCCGACCCCACCUAGAACACCAGAGUUCUACCAUAAAUAUGACUGGCAGCAGCAGGAAACAUCUGUGGUACAUGCCAGAAGAAUACAUCAGACAGGGAAGACUUUCUGAUAAAACAGAUGUCUACAGUUUUGGAAUUGUAAUCAUGGAAGUUCUGACAGGCUGUAAAGUGGUGUUAGACGACCCCAAACACGUUCAGCUGCGGGAUCUCCUUAUGGAAUUGAUGGAGAAGAGAGGCCUCGAUUCAUGUUUCUCAUUUCUAGACAAGAAAAUACAUCCCUGUCCUCGGAACUUCUCUGCCAAGCUCUUCUGUCUGGCAGGCCAAUGUGUGGCAACUCGGGCAAAGUUAAGACCGUCAAUGGAUGAAGUCCUGAACGCUCUUGAGAGCACUCAGCCUCGCUUAUAUUUUUCAGAAGACCCACCCACAUCACUGAAGUCCUUCAGGUGUCCUUCUCCUCUGUUCUUGGAUAAUAUCCCAAGUAUUCCAGUGGAGGAUGACGAAAACCAGAACGAACAUUCAGUGCCUCACAAGAAAGAUUUGAGGAAAGAGAGAAUGUCUCAGAAAACCCCUUUAGAAUGCAGCCAAUCCGAGGUCACGUUUCUGGGCUUGGACAGAAAGACAGGAAGCAAGAAAAGUGAAGAUGCUUGCAACAUGCCUAGCUCUUGUGAAGAAAGUUGGUUCCGAGCCUCUGCAGCACCAUCCCAGGACUUAAGGGUUACAGAGAUCAGUUUGGACACCUCUUUGGAAGCACCAGGCUGUUCUUACAGGAACAGGCCAGCAGACAGGAGGUACUCCUCUGGACUUUACUGCAUUGAGUAUGAACAGUCCAAAAAGGAAUAAAAUUUUCCAGAAGGUAAAGAAAAAGGCAAUCGUCUCUGAGGCACCUCAGUAAAAAUUGUCACCAUGGCGAGACAUGGUCUCCAUGAAUAAAUCCAAGGGAUGAUUGAUGGCGAAUUUGAGGAAUGCCAGUGAGCAGUCUGGAUGAUUCCACGCCUUCCUUCCCAACCCCAGAAACAGAAUGACUUAAACCAGUGUUGUAUCAUUAUCAAACUCAAGCUAAGUUAGGGCCAUUCAGAGUUAUCUAAGGUCCUGUGUUCUGACUUCAGCCAAACAAACCAAUCCAAACCUAGCAAAGUGGGACAGAUCAUCUCCACCGUCAUCCAAGUGAGUCCUCAAUGCCUCCUUCUGUUAGGGACAUUUAGUUAGAAUGCAUUCGUUUCACAUGGUUAUAGGAAAUGCUGAAGGGUUGUGGGAAAUGUCUGAUUUGUAAAUGUUAAUGGAUGCAUUUUGAGAAAACUACCUUCUUAUUGUGAUUGGCAUUUGGUGUUCUUUUGUUCAUUCCUGUUUAACCAGCCUGUCUGGAAGUGAGCCACAUUCACCCUUGCUAGCAUGCUUGUGUAGAAAGGGUAUGAUUCCUGUCCAAAGUCUACAUUUCUAUAUUUGAACUCUUAACAUAGUUUACCAAAUAUAAUCCAGUUGUUGACUAUUAUUAUAAAGAUUUUCAAAAAACUAACUCAGAGACGUAUUAUAUCCUCAGUAGAGUGAAUGAAGUUUUAAUCAAGUGACUUUGGGUCCUGGGAAAAUAACUCAUCACGUAUAGAUCAUCUUUUGUUGGCUCUGCUCUGUGCCUUCUUAGUGUGCCUUUCCUCUUCCUGCUUCCCGCCCUCUUUUGCAUACCCUGCCCAGUGCCCAGGCUCUGCAAAGCUGCCCUCCUCAAAGAAAGCCCUCUGAUCUCCUCAGCCAGAAGACUCAAUCUCUAAGCAUCUCCACAGCAAUUUCCUUGUGCUAAUUUUAUAAGCCUCACUUUCUUAAUUAGAUCAGAGUUGCUUGUGUCAUCCCAUGCCUCAGGAUUGAGAACUCCUAAUAUUCAUUUCCUAUUGUUGCUGUAACAAAUAAGCACAAAACUAGUAGCUUAAAGUAACAUUAUUUUGGAACCUCUUGUGGAGGUUCCAAGUGGUAAAUAUUUGCCUUGUCUCUUCUGUCUGUCUUCUGGAGGCUACCUAUACUCCUUGGCUCAUGGUUUACUUGUCCACCUUCAACGUCUUUGCUGUAUAGCUUCAAACUUCCUCCUCCUUCUCCCUUUCCCCUUCCUCUUCCUCUUCCUCCUCUGUCUCCUCCUCCUCCUCUUCCCCCUCCUUCCUCUCCUCCUUCCCCCUCCUCUUUCAGGUUGCUCUCACUCCCUUUUCUCUUACUCAUGCCCUCCUGCUUCUAGUGCCUGCAUUGGACCCAUUCAAAUAAUUGAGUAAAAUGUACUGGACCCAUUCAAAUAAUUGGGGAAAAUGUUCUGGACCCAUUCAAAUAAUUGAGGAAAAUGUUCUGGACCCAUUCAAAUAAUUGAGGAAAAUGUACUGGAUCCAUUCAAAUAUUUGAGGAAAAUGUCUGUCUCAAUAUCCUUAAAUUAAUCACACUUGCAAGCCUCCUUUGCUUAUAGGAAGUCACAGGUUUCUUUUCUGGCUUUUAGGCAUGGGCAUCUUGGGGGCCAUUGCUCUGUCACACUUCCUGACUGUCAGGGGAUGCCUCUUCAGGACUUGGCAUGUUGACAUCCACAGCGCUGGCAUUUUCUUGUAUAUUGAGUUUAAUUGUAUACAUAAUUGUAUGUAUGAAUCCACAUAAUCAAAAUUCAACCAUACUAGACAUUGCCAUGUAAAUUAGCAAUGUUAUGGGUUCUCUUUAUGGUAAUGGAUAGAAACACUAAAGAAACCAUUUUCAGAGGAUUUACAACAUCUGUUUAUCAAGACUAGGCCCACACUGUCUUUUGCCUUUAGGAGAGUCGGUAUGUUUGGGUUAAUCAUAGUCAUUUUAGAGUCCAGGCUCAAGAACAGCUAAUCAAAGAAGGAGACAUGAAAGUGCAUCAGAAAGUGGAAGCGGGGACAGUAGGGACAUAAGGUCAAAAACAUGGAGCUAAAAGACAAGAAAUGAGGCCAGAAGACGCAGAAAAUAGUCUUGAUAGAUGAGCCUAAAGCAGACCUCAGGAAAGCAGGUAGGAGAGUCCUUGUUCACAGACUGGUGUGAAGAUACUUGACUGCCCAGAGCUGUCUUCCCCACCCAAUUACUUGUGUGUUCACAAUGUUCCCAAACUGCACAUGUACUAAGACUCAGAACAUUAACUUUUGCAUCUUGUCCUAGUUUGGCACUUUUUAAAAUUUCGGUAUUGGGAAUUGAACUCCAAGCUUGGUACGUGCUUGGCAAGUACUCUAGCACUGAGCUAGCCUGGUGGGCACAGGCCUGCAGUACACACUCAGGAGGCUGAGGCAGGAGGAACACAAAGCUGGAGGACGUCCUGGGCUACAGAGUUAAAAGAAGAAAGCUGAGCACGUAGCUUAGUGGCAGAGUACUUGUCUAGCAUGUACAAGGCACUCUAUUCAAUCCCCUGUACUAUCCCAUUCCCCCCCCCAAAAAAAACCAUGAAGUCUUAAAGAUUUGGAUUUUAUAUUACAGACAGUUCUGAGCUGAUUUAGUUUACUUUAGAUAUGUAAUCUGAAAGCAAAUUAGCUGUGUUGUGGGGGUACUUCACCAGAGAAGACCACUCAGACAAAGUUCUGCCGAAUGAAAGUCGUUACUGGCCAGGGCUACUACACAAGGGUGUCAGGAACCCAAGUGUGUAGCACUGAGCCAUCUCUAGGGUAAGCUUUUAUACAGAGUUACAGGUGGAGAACCCCUUAACAAUUUCUAUUCAAUUAAGUAACAAUUACUAGCUUGCAGAAGCAAGUCAAACAUAACCUAUAGAAGCCAUAAAUCUGCAGUUAGCAGGUGCUCUCCAGGACAUGUUCACCUGUUCCCAAGAUAACCAGGGUUCAGCUGACAUGUGUUCCCAAACCUUGGGCCAACUGUCUGAUAAUUUCAGAGACUAGAAUCAGCCUAAACUUUAACAUGGUGUAGCUAUGGUCAAGAAGGUGCCCUGUUACAGCUGAAUGGAUAGAAUUAGUCUGGAAUUGUGUGAAAUUGACACAGGUUAUAAAAGAGAUCAAUGAGAAUUGGCUAUGUUGCUUUUCACAUUGAACCGAACCCUCAGUACAGUCUAUAAAGUCACUAAAGAAGCUCUAGUUAACACCAGACCCGCACACUUAAUUUGCAUGUGUGUGAUCUGAUGGUACUCUUAUAUGUUGCCUUGCACCUGUGUGGUUGGCUUAAGCAAAGAGAUCACAUUUUGGUGUACAUCAAAAUGACAAGGCUUGUUAAACACAGAUUACUGAGCUCCACCCAUCUUCUGUUGUAGUUGGUCUGGGGUGAGAAAUUGAGCUUUUUAACAAGUUCCCACGUGAGGCUGGUAGUGCUGAGGUGCGGUCCAUUCCUGGAGAAGCACAAUUUUGAAGUUUUCUCAGUUGGUGUACGCUGGUAAAUUCUACCUGUCCACUUAGGUUGAAUAUGUUUGAGGUAAGAACCAUUCUUAGCCAUGCAUGGCGGCACAUGUCUAUAAUUCCAGCACUUGGGAGGUGGAGGCAGCAGAAUUGAGAGUUAGAGCUCAGUCUCUGCUACUUAGUGAGUUAGUCUGGACCAUAUGAGACCAUAUACCAGAAAUCAAGCUGGCGCUAACUUCAAAGCCUCACCUCUACUGGCUGGCUUUCAUAGUGCUCAAGGUGCUGUGCAUGUUACCAGAAGAGAAAAUUAACCAUGAACCCUGCCAGCUACAAAUCCUACAAGCUACAACAACUGGCCUGGCAAGAUAUGCCUGCUGGUGCCAUAGUGACGCAAAUAUUAUGGGAAUAACCAAAUAUUUUCUAAUUGGAUUUAGGUCUGCUUCAAACCUGACAGUGAUAUCAUGCCUAGGAACCUGAAGCUAGACGGGUCACAGGACAUAGGAGAGAGCCUACUGCUAUUAUUCUGCUAAACAGAUAUUAAGUUGACUCCUAAUGACUUAUUGUUAUGCCUGUGAAAAGAAUUUAUCCUUAAAAAUAGUUUUAAAUUGAUUCUUUGGCAAUUUCACAAUUUAUAUAAUGUAUUUUGAUCGUGUACACCCCACAUUCCCUAACACUUCCUAUUCUCUCUGGAUACCUUCUUUCCAACAUGUUCUCCUCCAACUUUCAAGUUUUUAUUACAACUUACUGUGUUUAAUUAGGGCUGCUUGUGUGUGUGCAUGGAUGUGGGGUCUGGAUAAUGGGCAACUUACCAGUUGCUAUCCUCCUGAAUAAAAAUUAUUCCGUCUGCCCCAGUAGCCAUUAAUUGCCAAUAGUUUCUUAACUAGAAGUGGGACCUUGUGUGCCCCUCCUCUAUUUAUGCCGGGAGAAAGAAUCAUUUAAAAAUAAUUUUCUAUUUAUUAUGAGUAUGUCAUCUUUCUAAAAUGUGACUAUUUUGUGCAUAUUAAAGCGGUGUGAAUAAUAAUGUGGUAAGUAGAUACCACUGUGGCUAAAAUGCCCCCAAAUCUUAUAGCGAAUGAUUCAGUCCUGACUGGAUUUGCCUUUUGUAGGUGCAGUAGUGAAUAUAAAUUGAUGGUAAUUAAGUCCUGUACCCUGCUAUGGGUACUUAGAGGACCCCCUCAUGGUUUCAUAAUGUGGAGACUAAGCCAGAUGGAGAAGCCAUGUAUGAACCGCCAAGGUACUGGUGAGCAAAGAUGUACUCCAGAAGAGAUUCUGUUCAUCUUUAUCCUUAAAGUACAUCUUGAGCAAUCCUCAGUCAGAGCUAAUUGUGCCUCUUAGGAUUCCGUGCUAUUUUAUAACACUUUAAAACACAGAGAACUAGUUUGCUGUUUUGAAAUAGGUGUGCAAUUUCUAACAUAACCAAUCUUAUUGACUUCCUAAGAGUUGAAAAGAUCUGAGACUUCUCACAUAAGUAUGUCAUUUGGGGGCUGGGGAAAUAGCUUAGUGAGGACCCAAGUUUAAAUCUCCAGCACCUAUAUAAAAAGCUGGGCAUGCGACUGGACAUGGUGAU